UUGAUUGAUCGUUCAUUCACCCCACUGCUGACUGAUGUUUUCGUGGUGUUUUACGAUAAUAAAUAAAUAUAAACAUUUAUUGCGAAAUAAUAAAUUUUAUAAGCAAUCGCGAUGGUCAGCGGUAUGUGAAGUCGGUGCAAUAAACUUUACGGAGUCAAUGACAAGCAAUUGAAGUUGCCUAUCAUCGUAAGAGCUAUCUUUGUGCAAUCUACCUGCUUUGUCGGGCAUAUUAUUGUGAAUAAAUUAUCCUGACUAGCCUUAAAGGAUAUCGGAUUUAAACGGACAAAUGGAUUGUAAUUACUGUGUGGCGGUUAUUUUGUGAUUCCGGCGUAAAUUUGUGCUACAUUUUAAGGUCUAAUGUCGUGACGUGUCCGGAGCCAUGACGUCGUUCGCGAACAUGACGCAGGCGCUGGGUGCGAGCCUGCCCGCCGCGUCGGGCGCCGGCGCGGGGGGCGCCGCGCACGCCGAGCCCGAGGACCCGCUCGCCAUGACGCACAUCAUCUGCAACCUGCUCGAGAACAUGAACAAACCCCAUCCCGCCACCUCCGCCUCCAUGCCCUACGACAUCUGGGCGCUGCCCUCCUGCAGCAGCACUCUGCAGAACCCGAGCGGUCAGAGCCGUGAGUACUCGAGUACUAACUCCACCUCGAACAAUAACAACCAACAUCACUCUAAAGAGGACAACUCGAGCGGCUCGCCCGGCACCUCCUCGAGCGUAUCCAUCACCUGCUUCCGCUGCGAGGAGCGGACGCCGACCACGCGCUGCCUCGAGUGCAACGAUCUAUUCUGUCACGAGUGCUGCCAUAGCGUGACCUCCGACUGCCAGCUCAGGGAGCACACUCUGCUACCUAUCCACCAGAUCUCGCCCAUAGGCGUCCGACCCAACUCUGUCAACAAUGAGAAGGAAGUGUACUGCGAACUGCACGGUGACCCUGUCAGAUUCUACUGCGAGGCUUGUGUCGUCUUCAUCUGCCAGGAGUGCACGCUGUGGGUUCACAAGGACCACUGCUAUACGCCUAUCAAAGGGGCGCUCGACAUGUGUCGUGUCGGCGUUUUAAGAGCUAUAGAAGAUACCAAAACGGGUACUAAAGCUAUUAAGACUGCAAUAGAUCGUGCGGUAGCCAUGUCGAAGGCGUACGAGAAGGAAACCGCCGAGGCUAAUAUGAAAAUACGGAAGGCGAUGCGUUGCUACGCGCAAGCUAUCGAGGAUCGCGAGAAGUAUUUGCUGGAUAAAGUAGAAAAGCUGCGCCAGGCGAAAAUGAACGAACUGACUGACCACAUGAACACUCUGAGAGGCAUUUUAGCUGGUCUGGCACAUACAAACGAGACAUUGGUGCGCAGCAUGGACUCGGAGGGCCUCGACUUAUUCAUGGCCAAAGAAAAAGGCAGAGCUCAAGUAGACUACUUCUCGUGUAUGUUUAAAAACAUGUAUAUGACAGAAGAGCGGAUUAUGUUUGUACCUCCCAACUACGAUUUAGUAGACCAGUUGAAGAGACAGUGUGAUGUGCAAUCCGCCCCAGCCAGCGCCAUGCACACCCUCAGCUCCGUCCCCGCUCUGCAGUCUCGUCAGUCUCUCCUGUCUUUACAAUCAAUGCAGUCUGCUCAGACUUUUCCACCUUUAACAUCAUACAACAUGUCGUCUACUAAUAGCCUGAGAUCGUUGCCUGAUUACACAAGGUCUACAAAUUAUUAUGAUCAUAGCAUUUCGUCCAGUAUGGCAUUGGAUUCCAACUUGCCUCGAGGCAUCGGGCAAGCUAUUCCGGGCUACUGGAUGUCGGUGACAGUCAGACCCACGAGAAGUCCAGUUCCCGGGGUUCCCAUGUUUUCAUUCGGCAGAGAAGGCCAGGACGAGGGACAGGUGUCCCGACCUUGGGGUUUGUGCGUUGACAGAGAAGGCAACAUCAUAGUUGCAGAUCGAAGAAAUAAUCGCAUUCAGAUCUUUAACAGCCGUGGAGAAUUCAGAACAAUGUUUGGUUCCAAGGGAACUGGCCCGGGAGAGUUUGACCUGCCAGCAGGCAUCACCACUGACACAUACGGUCGUAUCAUCGUAAUUGACAAAGACAAUCACCGAGUUCAAAUAUUUACUUCCUCGGGAAAUUUCAUCCUCAAGUUUGGUUCCUUCGGCAAGGAAUGUGGUCAGUUCCAAUAUCCCUGGGACGUAGCCGUUAAUACUCUGGGCAACAUCGUCGUGACCGACACGCGCAACCACCGUAUCCAACUUUUCACCAGUGACGGGACUUAUAUCACAAAGUUUGUGUUCGAGGGAGCCAACCCCGCCAAGAUGCUGAAGGGGCCUACGACUCCUAGAGGCGUGUGCUUCACCACAUCAGGCAACAUCAUCGUCUCAGACUUUGAGAACCAUCGUCUGCUUAUGGUGGAUCCGACGCUUUCCAAAGUCCUGCAUUGCGUGGGGCGCGAGGGGUCAGGCAUAGGCGAGCUGAACCGUCCGUCGGGCAUCGUGACCGACGACGACGGGCGCAUCAUCGUGGCGGACUCGAAGAACCACCGCGUGCUGGUGUUCACGGCGGAGCUGCGCAUCCUGUGGGCCGUGGACCUGAAGAGCCCGGGGCUGGACGACAAGGACAGGCCCAGCGACGUGGCGCUCACGCCCGACGGCUACCUCGUGGUCCUCUUCGAGACGCUGCCCGACACCGCGCGCGACAUCUCCUCGCACGGCAAGCAAUACAUCAAGGUAUAUUAAUCUAUAUAUACAUAGGUAUUAUGUUUACACUAACUGUGACCUAAGGUCGACCAUAUUCUAUUUUGUUUUGUUUAAGUUGUGAUUUCUUUGAUAACGUGCCAAUUUUAUUAUCCAUUGGAAAGAUCCGAUUCGAGCAUAGCUUGUCCGGAAACUUAGCAUUUGCUCAUGAGAAGUAUUUGCAAAUCAAAUUCUCCUUAAAAUAUUUUGUUAGAUGUUUGGUUACCAUAAUAGUCAUUUGUUUUUUGAUAUCAGCAUUAGACUAGUCUUUAAGGACCAAACGUACACGAUGUUAUAGCAACUUAUUAUCGGUAGCCGUCAGUAUCCAUAGUCUACUCUAACCUAGAUGUACCUACACCAAAUCCAUAGUCGGAGCACUUGCAUUAUGUCGAUUACGCUCUGUCCGAUUAGUCUUACGAUUUAUAAUAUUGAUAAGGAAAAAAAACUAUAAAUCGUAAGGGAUGUAAAAUCACAAUGUGAUGUAAAAGAUGUUUUUAUGUGAGAUAAUUUAGAAACUUAAAAAGUAUUUUUCCAAAAUGUUAGGUUUGCGUUUUUAACUUGGUUAAACUACUAAAUACCGCUGUUAGUGUGUUUUCUUACGCUAAGUUAUUCACAUUUUAGUUUGGUAGGUAUAUGUCAAUAUAUAUUUUUAUUGAACGCUGUUAUUAGAGCGCUGAGAGCUGUACUAAUUGGCGUGAAAGCUGCUUAUUUUUCAACUACUUCUAAAUUAUUAUUUAGACGAUUUAGAACGCAGGGAAGCGUAGUAUUAUUGUGCAAGAAAAUCAAUGCAAUAAACUUUAAGACUGACUUUAGAAGACUGUCUUAAAGAGCCGGGGCUCUUGUGUGGGCCCCGGGGCGCCCGCGGGCGCGGACUGCCGCGCGGCGCUAGAGUCGCCAUCUAACGCGCGUAUUAUUAAUUUGAAUAAGUAUCGUGAUAUUUUUAUUUCAUGUUUAAAUUGAGCAAAUUUUUCGUUUAAAAUCUAAAUGUAGUAAAAUUUGAGACUGCGGCUAAAUUUAUGUAAAACUUACGUUUGAACGCGUACGAAGAACUGAACUAUGAACUGAAUUACCGUAGCGUUCGACUCAAUAUUGCAAGAUCGUCAGUUGUUACAACGUGCAACACUUUGUUAAUUUAUUUCAUUUGUUAUUUUAGUUUGUGGAGGGUGUUGGAUUGGUCUGCUAGUUUCUAUACAAACAUAGGCACAAAUAAAUAAGUGCGGUGGGGGGUAUGAGUCCCUAAAUAAAAGUAACAAAAUUUUUCUGCUGCUGACUCAAAAUUGACUGCCUUAGGUACAUUUUGCAAUACAAGUCAAAUACUAUCUAGUAAAAAUUAAAUAAAGGCUGUCAAAGUUUUAUGUGAGCAGCAAUUGUCUAGGCUUUAAUUGAUGUCGUAAAUAUUUUAUGCCUUACCAAGAAACGGGAUAGUAAAAUCGAUCAGCGGUAGUUAUUUAUUAUAUCAGUGUUCGUUCGAUAGUUAUGGCUAAUAAUUUACAUCAUUAUUAAUUAUUAUAACGCGGCCAUACGCUUUAACUGGUCCAUAUAUCCAGACAAAACUCCCGUGCCCGUGGGUACUUUUUGCAGCCGGGAGGGUGUACUUUUUAGUUUUUAGAAGUGUCUAAUCGAAACGCGCUUACGCAAUAAAAUAUUUAUCAAAACAGCUUUAUUGACAUUCGGAGUGACAUGCUACUCUCUCCUAAAAGCGGUUAUAACUCUGUCUAUACAGUUUGUAUAGAAGCUAGCGACCUCAGUGACUGCUUUCUUCGAAUAAAAUGGUUAAAGGCACUUGAAUUUAAUAUAGGUAAUUUAUAGCUAUUCUUCUACAAAUUAAUGAUUUUUUAAUUAGUUAAUUGGGUGGUCUUAUACAAUCAAAAUUGUUGUAUUAGGUUAAAUAUUGUAGCUAAAUUUUUGCCCUAAAAUUCUAUGAAUUGAUGCAUAAUAAAUUAAUUAUUAGAGAUACCCACUUCGAUGAUAUUCAAUUUUAACGCUGUGUUCAUUCGAUAAUUAUGUGUUCACGUAAUCUAAUAUAAGUUUACGUAUGUAGUGUCGUGUUGAGACAUGGUGUAAAGGGUUGAUCAUAUAAGAGCUUCGUUUGUACGUGUAGUUAAAUCCAAAUAUACCUAGUAGGAGCGCCUUCGCCCGGCGCGUAGCUUGUAAGUAGAGCGUAGAAUUCGCUUCGCCGCUGUGGGAAUAUUUUACUAUUAAUCGCAUAUUAUAAAGGUUUCUAGUAUCAGUCUAAUUGUCAAGUAGGGUGCCAUAUCGCGGCAGAUAACCGCCGUACGUCGGCGAGACGUUACCUUAUAUCAUAAUAAUGCUUAAUAGACAAAGUAGUUAGAUUGUACUGUCCAUGAAUCCCCAAAUACGAAUUGGUUGUAUUAAGACCUUUCUAGCUAGAAGAUAUAUUUUAGAUCUACUUACCUACUCAUUAGAACAAUGCCUGAAUAAUAGUAAUUGACGUUCGCGAUACGAGCGAACUUUUCAAACAUAGAUGUAGAAUUGCUCUAAAACUUUUAGGUAAACUAGGUUGUAAAAGUUGAACUAACACUUUCUCCCUUCGUACUUAGGGUUAAAUUAGGAUAAUUAAUUAACAUUGAGACGUGUAUUGACUAAUCUGGUAUACUAGCCGGUGAUAGCCAAUUGUGUAACGCUAAAGGGCUGAUUUAGACGGCGCGCGAACUCGCAUGCGAUUUUAGGUACAUUGCGGACUGUUGGUCACGUCCAAUCCAACCGACCGAUCAAAACCCGCAAUGGUAUGAACCUCCCAUGCGAGUUCUCGCAUUGUCUAAAUCAGCUCUAAUUCAAGCAACAAUUUUCUUGUGAUGCGACAUUUAGAUUUUAAUUAUGGAACUGAUUAUAAUAAGACGGCGACUAAAAAGAGAGUCUGAAACUUAAAUAAUUGCUUAAGGGUCGAAAAUUGUUGUUUGAAGAGAAGAGAGCGGAGCGACCGCGUUGGGGCACUACCACGAAAUUACAAUUUUGAAAUUAAUUUUUCUUCAUCUCUAUUGCUCUUGCUGUAUUUAAAUGACUUAGGAUGAAUAUAAACGAAUUUGGAAAUUGUAAUUUGUUAGUAGUGUCGCUGGUGUCUGUCUGUAGUGUAGUAGUGUGCGUGCAGUGUUUGCGUCUUGACGAAUUGACAAAUUCCGCUAAUGAUAUAAUUAUUAAUAUUUUGUUUUCAUAUCAGUGAUAGGUAUUUUUUUUGUUCAGUGCCAUUAUUAAAGUAUUACGUUAUUUUAAAAAUAAUGUGCGGCAUGAAAUGCAUUUUUUAAUUAAUGUAUUUUCGGAGAGUAAUUCCUUUAUGUAGAAUUCAAAAUGAUUUUCUUCGUAAAUUAAUAUUUAACAACGAAUCUCAUAUUUUCAUGAAAUCACAGUUGUUUGUAAAGAUCGAUUGGAUUUGCAAAGCAAACGCCGACAGCCAUAAUGGUGAUGUACUGAUUACGCGAGCAUUCUAAGAAUGUUGCCGGUCUGUCAUAAUGACAAAACGUAAUAUAUAGUAGUCGGCCGGUCGGCAGCCGCCGCUUCCUUCUCCAUCUUGUAAACGCACGCAAGUGAAGCACCCACAUCAAACGUUUAUGCCAAUAUCGAUUCAAUAAACUCAAAAUAGACGAAGAUUACAAACUGGUCAGUAUUUAAAUAAUGACAUAUUGCUGGAUGCUAGUGAAUCGUAAGUAAAUUUUCUAGCAAACUAUAGCGUUUUAUAAAAUAUUGAAAGAACAGCUCACAACAUGGUAACGUUUAAUUUGAGUGGUUCACGUUGCGUGCGGUGAGGCGCCGACACCCGAGACUAGCUUAGCUGGGAGCUAACGAGGCAUGACUUCAUUUAAAGCACCUUUUUAUUUGGCUUGGUUAUGUUUUUUAAGAUUUUUUUUUGUUACUUUCCUGGGAACUGCGGUAACAUCGAAUAUACACGUCGCUUUAGAAUUUUGACUGCAUUAUGAAUAAUUGAAAAAAUUUUGCUUACGCUUGAAAAUUUUAGCAGUUGCAAUAAUUUCCCGUAAAAUGUUCGCGCAAAGUUAACAGUUUCUUUAAGGAAGGACGAUUCGUGUAAGUUCGAUGUUUCCGCAACCAAGAGAGAUUCUGUCGCGGAAGGCGACGCGUACCUCCUUCGUGAGACCUGCUAGCAGCUAGCAGUAAAAUUGUGGUUUUGUGAUAAAUACAAUAAAAUUGACAACUUAAUAAUUAAAUAAUUGAAACGUAAUCAUAAUUUUUGUACAAGUUUUUAAUGUUUAAAAACAACAGCAAUGUAUUCAGUACAUGUGUGACUGCGGGGAGACGCAACUGCAUAUUUGAUACGUUUACGAGAUUUUAGCUAAUUGUAUUAAGCCAUUUUCGUGCUAUUUUUGUAAUGUUAACUAGGCGCUUGUGUUGUGUUAGUCUUAGUGUAAAUUAUAUUCAUUCCUCUCCUGUUUAUGUUUCGUGUGAGUCCUAUAUCGAGGGCGCCUAUCUAUUCGAUCGGGUAGCCGCAUUCCCUGAUUUCAAUAUUAAAGACUCAUUGGGAUACCCAACGUUCUCGUGGAGCGAAUAAAGAUGACAUUUCACAAGUCACGCAACGCAGGAUUUGAAAACGAUACCGCACUGAAACGCGGUAUGGUUUCCAAGGCUCGGCUUAGCGUUGGCGGUCGGAAGUUCAUCUCUAGUCCAUCGUCGCUCUUUACCAUCACAAUCAUAACUAGGAGAGGAAUGCAAUGGUCGAUAAUAUCAUGUGUUACUGAGAUAAGUAGUAUUUUUGUACACGGCCGGCGGGGGUCGCGGGUGGAGUGCGGCCCCCGCGAGGCGCUAGUGUGUUCAAGUUAAUAUUAUAACCGCAUCUACCUCACUUGUAAAGCAUUGAAGACUGAUUGGAAUUAAUUAACGGUGGUCAGAUCACCGCUUAGAAGUCUGUUGUCUACUGAUACUUUACGCCCAAAAAUUCUACUGUGUGCUUUACAAUUUAAGAUGUCAGUUUCGUUUCUAGGUACAUAGUAUUAUUGUAAUUAUUGUGCAACUCGUGCAUGACGUGGUGGACAGCAGCCUUUUCUUUUUUUAUAUCUAUAUCUUACGUUAACUUCGGUAAUACUGUUGAAAGAAGACUGAAAUUUUAUAAAUGUUCCUAUAUUUUAAUUUAGUGCUACCAUAUUUCGUUUACAUUAUUUUACCCUUUCGGUAAUUAUCAUUACAUUCUUAUCUUAUCAAUUGUAUGUGACGCUAUAUAAUGUCAUGAAAUUUUUGAAAAUUUUAAUGGAAUUUUGUAUGGAAAUUUAAUAAAGUGAUUGAUAGAACAA